AUGGCUACAAGGAUCCUAUCUUUGACAUCAAGCUCUUCUGGUUGUGAAAGAAAUUGGAGCAGGUUUGAAGGGGUACACACUAAGAAGAGAAAUAGGCUUACUACAGCCCACCUGAACAAAUUGGUCUAUAUUCAAUUCAACUCUAAGCUAAUUAAUAAGAAAGAAAAGAUCAAGUCUAAGAAGACCAGUGAUGUUCUCUUGUCUAAUGAUACAACUAAAGCUCAAGGUUUUCUGUAUGAGAAUGGAGAUGAUUGUGCAUUAGUUGUCUAUAGAAAUGAGGAAGAUGAGAUGGAAGGUACAGGGAUACCUUGGUCUAUUAUUGGAGAUGCAGUGGGAGCAGAAGAACAAUUUGAACUGCGUAGAAGUGCAAGAGUGAGACAGCUUUAUGAAGGAGAAGAAUUUGACUCUGAAGAAGAGCAGUUUGAUGAAGAUGAGGAUGCUUAUGUGGAAUCCUAUUGA